UGCAUUCCAUGGAAAGUGCAUUUGGUGUAUAAAAUCUGACAUUUUCUGAUGAAGAUCUUUUCUUGAUUGUCUGUGCUUUGUGGUAGCGUGUGCGGUAGUAAAAUGGCAGCCUGGAAACGUCAAUACAUUUUAUAUCGAUAAAAGCCUACCUUUGUAAAUAGAUGUAGAAGGAAAGGUUGCAAUAAAGACGAAUGCUGUUUACUUAAGACUUCGAAUUUUUAAUAAACGUGUGUGUGAACGAGUGCAUGUUGAAAAAAUGGCAGAAUUUGUACGUGGAGGACCUAGUGUAUCGAAUAACACUAAGAUGGAUCAUAGCAGUAAAGGUGGUUCACCAAGUACUGGAAGUGAGGAUGGUGGACAAAAUGAAUCUUUGAAUGUGGAAAAUGAAUUUGAUCCUUUCUUAGAAAAUUUACCCGAUGAUAUACAGGAUACUGAAGAACCUGACAGUGCAAAUACUACAUUGUUAACUGCUCCUCCAGAAAAUCAAUGGUACCAUGGAAGACUAGAUAGAUUUACUGCAGAAGAAAGACUAUGGGAUGCUAGUAAAAUGGGAAGUUACUUGGUUCGUGAAAGUGAUAGAAAGCCUGGUAGUUACGUACUAUCUUAUUUUGGAAGAACUGGAAUUAAUCAUUUUCGAAUAACGGCUGUGUGUGGAGAUUAUUAUAUUGGAGGUCGUCAAUUUAAUAGUUUAUCAGACCUAGUUGCUUAUUAUACUCAUUGCUCGGAUCUUUUAAAGAGAGAAAGACUUAUACAUCCAACACCUCCACCUGAGCCUGUGAAUGACAAAAAAAGGAUAGUUGCUAUAUUGCCAUACACUAAAAUGCCUGAUACAGAUGAAUUAAGUUUUCAAAAGGGUGAUAUAUUUUUUGUUCACAAUGAUAUGGGUGAUGGAUGGUUAUGGGUUACUGCCCAUAGGACUGGAGAACAGGGACUUAUUUUUCGUGAAUUAGUAGAAGAUUUGGAUGAUUCUAUAGAUCCAAAUACUGUAUUCUCUUGGUUUCAUCCAAAUGUUACUAAAAGUGAAGCUGUCGAUAUGCUGGUCAAAGCAGGACCUGGAAGUUUUUUGGUUAGACCAUCCGAUAACAGUCCAGGAGAUUAUUCUCUUUUCUUUCAUAUUAAUAAUCAAAUACAAAGAUUUAGAAUAGAGAAGAAAGGUGUAAGAUAUCUUAUGGGUGGUAGAACUUUUGAAUGCUUGGAUGCUGUAAUAAAUAGAUAUCGAAAAGAACAAAUAGUAGAAGGGCAUACAUUAGUUCAAGCAAUGGUGACUGAGCCUGAUGGAAGUGUAAGAGUUAAUAGAGAAGUACAACACGCAGAAAAAAUUUAUGCGACUCUUAGAGAAUGUCGUGAACAAUCUGGCGUAAAGAAAAAUAAAGGAAUUAAAAUGCAGGGUUAUUUGGAAAAAAAGUCAGAGAAAAACAAAAAAUGGAAAGCAUUGUAUUUUGUACUUUUGGUAGAUGCUACUGAUACACACCUCUAUUUGUAUGACAAUCCUAAAAGAACCAAACCAAAAGGUCUCAUUGAUUUAAGCUGUGCUUACUUAUAUCAGGUCCAUGAAAGUGUGUUUGAUAGGCCUCAUUGCUUCCAAUUAGUUGAACGUGCUUUACCAUGUUUGGCCACGAUAACUUAUCUGGCUGCUCCAAAUUCGGAAAAUGCUUUAGAUUGGAUUAAUGCCUUGAAACCAUUAUGUGUAUCACAACUUACACGUGCACCGAAGGUCGCUCGUCUCCGCGAAUUGCGUUCAUUACAUCUGCACAUUCUAGACGCGCAUAGACUUCCAUAUAAGCUAGUACCAAACCCAUUCAUCAUAGUGGCUCUGAACAACGUAAAAGUUGCACGCACAAAGGUUAAAACUGGGUUACAUCCACUCUGGGAUGAAGAGUUCAUUCUGGAGGAUGUUCCACCAGACGUUAUGUCAUUUUCAUUGACAUUAUACAACAAAGGCAAACGAAGUAAAGAUACGGAAGUUGCGGAGUUAACGGUAGAGCUGUCCAGUCUAACUAAUAGGGAAGAGAUGGAUGAAUGGUAUCCAUUAUCCGGUGUCACACCAAUUGGAGAAUGGGGAGCAUUACGGUUACGUUUGAGGUAUAGACAUGAUUUGGCGAUGCCUCCAGAAGAAUAUAGUCCUCUACAAGAAUUAUUAUUAGAUCCAGAACUUCAUGUUGUUAGGGCUUUGGCAGAUGUGUGUCAUUUGGAUAGAGUACCAUUAGCUAAUAGUCUUCUUCGAAUAUUUAGACACGAGCGAAAAGAAGCUGAUCUCUUACGAUCUUUGAAUCAAGCAGAAGUUGAUAAGGAAGAUGAAACACCUACUCUAUUUAGAGCUGCCAGCCUAACAACGACUUUAAUGGAUUUAUAUAUGAAAUCAGUUUGUACUUCGUUUUUGAAAGCUGCUUUACGUGAUACCAUCGUUAAAUUAAUCGAAAGUAAACAGAGUUGUGAAUUAAAUCCAACUAAAAUGGAUUCACCUGAAGAUGCAUGCAGCAACGCUGAAUUUUUAUUACAGGUUUUGGAUGAAGUGACAUUAAGCAUUUUUACAAGUCCCGAUGCUUGUCCAAAAACUUUAAGAUACAUUUGUGGUUGCCUACAAAGAGCUGUCGUUGCAAAAUGGCCACACGAAAGAUUAGUUAGGACACGAGUAGUCAGUGGAUUUAUAUUUUUACGUUUACUUUGUCCUGCUAUUUUGAAUCCUAGAUCAUUCAAUUUAAUAGCAGAGCCUCCACCUCCAACGGCUGCAAGAUCAUUAGUGAUGGUGGCAAAAUGUUUGCAAAAUUUGGCUAAUUUGGUAGAAUUUGGUGGGAAAGAGCCAUAUAUGGAAGUUGUAAAUCCAUUUAUUCUCAAAAAUAAGGAACGAAUGGUUGUGUUUCUUGAUCAGUUAUCAAAUGUAACUGAAAAACCAGAAUCUGAAGGCGCCGAUCCAAGGAGUAAAAGUGCUGCAUGCGUAUCAGAUACUGCAAGAGAUCUGGCGACAUUGCAUCAUAUUUGUGUUUCUCAUUUAAAGGAACUUCAAGUUUUAUCAAAAACACAACCAACAAUAAAACAAUUGGUAACAGUGACCGAAAUGCUCAGCAAGCACAAACAAAAGUACAUGGAAAUGAUACGGUAGUGCUAAAGCCAUAAAAUAUGAACAAUGCCAAACACAAUAAAACUCUCACAGACUUUCAUGACGGAUUUAGUAGUAUUUAAUAAGUAUAAUUAAGUGACAUAAGUAAUUAUACGUACAGACUGACGUGCCAUAUAUAUUACUGUAUACACACAAGCCUACAUUUACUAUUUCAUAUGUAAUUAGAGGAUAGCUUCUAUAAAUAGUUAUAAUGACAGUAACAUGAUAGUGAUAUAGUUACAUACAGAACCAUAUAGGCGUAUAACGAUUUUAUAUUUACUUAGGUGCUCGAUAAUAAAUACAAACUAAAAUA